AUGGUCAACAUUAUAGCUGGCUGUCAUUCGAUUUUUGCUCAUUCUUGUUGUAGGCUAGCUUAUAGAAUGGACACAGCCUCGGGUGUGUCUUUCUACUUUUAAACCAGUAUGCUGCUUGGGAGCAUUUACUGUGUUCUGUCAUCUAUGUGACCAAUUAACAUUCAACACAGAGGUAAAGAUGACCACCAUUAUCUUCGCCCACCAAACAGAAAAGAUUUCUUAACUAGUUCAGAAGUGCAACAUGUGGAUCUUAAUAACAGUAUCCGUGUUGCCUUGGAGAAUCCAAGAUGAGCAUUACUGAAAGAGACUUGGACCAAACUAUGGGACAAAGCAGAGCCCUACAGCACAAAAAUGAGAGAUUAUAAAUAUGUCUUUGAAAAGGACAGUGACAACUACAACUGGCUCUUCCUUAUAGGCACUUCAUCUGCUGUCAUUGCCAAUUCAGCGUAUUUUCUGUUUACCGGGGCUUUAUCACAACCUUUCUACCUGGGCCACACUAGCAACCUCCAAUACAUGACUGUGGAAGGAGAAAUUGUAAGUAUAGAAUCUGAAAGACAGCUUCUUCAGUAAGUCUGAGAAGUGUGCAGCUUGAAGUGUCAUUUAUCUGAAGAUAUGUAGUUGGCAGUUGGCCUCGAAGAAGAAGCUGGAGUUCUUGCAGAAAAUGCAGAGGAUUCUGAAGGAAGAGUUGUAUUUAAUACAAAAGAUGCACAUCUUAUUCAAGACAGCAUGUGUAAUAAUUCUCAGGAAGUAGUACAAGACAGCUAUUCAGAUAUGGCUAUUGCUUUUAAUGGAUUGACACUCAAAAAGAUAUUGACAAUGUAUGGUGUGCACUGGCUCAGGAUUCAUUAUUUCAACAGCACACUAGUCUUCUUUCCUCCAAAUGGUUCAGAAAGUGACUGA